AGGGUAUAUAUUUCUUAAGUCGGAUCUCGUACUAAGUGCAUUUGUGAAGUAUAUAAACAAGAUCGUAACAACUCCAUUACACAUUCAGUGUCCAGACAUACAGUUAGCAGGACUUGCGGCUCAAAUUACUGAUACGAAAAACGAUUGAUAAAGUACAGUGACAUUAGUAGUUUCACAUUAUUGUUUGGCGAAAGCUGACCGCGAACGCUUGUGUGUGAAAAUGUUUAACGGAACCAGUGCUACGUUGAUGCUUCAAACUAUCAUGGUGCUGAUGGAUCAACAGAAUUCUACCACACAUUUUCCUAGUUAUGAGGACGCAGAGAUAGAGAGAUGCUACCCUCCCUACGGUUGUUUCUCUAAAGCGUAUCCCUGGACUGAGCACCGACCUGACAACUACUUCCCGGUCUCGCCGGAAACCUUGGGCGUGCGAUACGCCGUUUUUACACGAAGAAAUAGAAAAAUACCAGUCUUGCUGGAGUCACAGAAUGUGGACAAAAUUCGAAACGCCAACCUCGAUCCAAAAGGGCCUUUCUAUUUCAUCUCGCACGGAUUUUUGGAGGGCGGUCAUAAACUUUGGAUUCAAAACCUGGCGGAAGCGCUUCUCAACCAUGCAGGCAACGAUGGCUCCACGGUGACGGUGGUAGACUGGCGCCGAGGGUCACAGCCGCCGUAUGGGCAAGCUGUCGCCAAUAUCAGGCUCGUUGGUGUUAUGACUGCGCAUCUGAUGAAGAAUAUAUACGACGUGUUGGGUUUAUCAAAUAUGGACAAUUUUCACUACAUCGGCCAUUCCUUAGGAGCACAUUUAGGAGGAUAUUGUGGGCAUGCUCUACAAAAGAAUUUCAAUCUGAAGUUGGGUAGAAUAACCGGGUUGGACCCUGCGGCACCAUACUUUAGUAAUACCGUCACUUUGGUGCGUUUGGACAGAUCUGACGCACAGUUCGUUGAUAUCAUUCACAGCAAUGCUAUGCCACUAUAUUUCUCAGGUUUCGGUAUAUCAGAGCCGAUCGGCCACGUGGACUUCUAUCCCAACGGUGGGUCGACCCAGCCGGGCUGUAAGAAUGGUGGGCAGGGUUACCAGGGCAUGGACAGCGACAUGUACAGGAAGGUGGUGCAGUUCGUGAGCUGCAACCACGAGCGCAGCUACGAGUUCUUCACCGAGAGCGUCGCGCCCACCUGCCCGUUUAUGGCUGUGCAGUGUAAAUCUUAUGAGGCAUUUUUAGAAGGAGACUGCACAACCUGCAGCAACAAACACCUGUGCGUACCGAUGGGGCUACACUCGCGCGACAUGUACCGCCGGCUGCAGGCGAGCGACAUGGUGGACACCAACUCCAACAUCGCACUCUAUGCUAUGACCGGCAGCUCAAAGCCGUUUUGUAGGGUCCAUUACGAAGUGACGUUGAAAGUGUCCAACUCGACGGAAAGCAUUCUCCACGGGCCGGACGUGGGGCGCAUAUCUAUAACUCUCGUCGACAGGAACAACAACAAGAGCGACCAUAAGUUGAUGAACGAGGAACAGAAAUACUAUAGGCCAGGAGACAUCGAGACCAAGUUGCUCGCCUUUAAAGAUACCGGACACCCUCCUAUUUCGGUCAUAGUAGAGUGGAAGUAUGAAGCGAGUCUUCUCAACCCGAUGACCUGGCGCUUAUUGCAAUCGUCCAGUGUUUACGUCGAGUACUUGAAGAUAUCGUCCCUGGAGUAUAACACUGAUAUCACAGUGUGCCCGAAAUUCAAGAAACCGGUCGUCACGAAACUGAAAACUAUAAUGAAAACAAAGUACUGUACAUAAUGAUGCUCCAAGAAUUGUGAAAAAAUUUAACAAUGCGAAGAAUUUUCUUUUAACAGGAGAAUUCAAAGUAUUCCAAAAGUAUUGUUAUUUAAGAUCACACUAAUAUUAUAGCUGAAGUUUGUGUGUGUGUGUGUGUAAGUAUGUUUGUUCCUCGUUAAAGCUGCGGCUACUGAAGCGAUUUGGCUGAAAAUUUGAAUGGAAAAAGGUUUUACUCUGGGUUAACACAUAGGCUACUUUUCAUCCCGGAAAAAUCCAUGGCUCCCGCGGGAUUUGUGAAAAACUGAAACGGGGAUUAAGUCGCGGACGUCCGCUAGUUUAUAAUAAAUGUGUUUCUGUUAAUAAUAAAAUAAUGAUUAACGUUAAAUGUUAUUUAAAUGAAUUUGUAUGUAAAAAGCUACAGUUGUGUAAAUAGUUAUUAAAUUAUACUAAAUAAAUAUUAAAAAUAGAACUGUG